AUAUCCACACUUGCUCAUCCUCCUGCUCCCGUUCCCGCUGCUUCUGGUCUACAGCUUGCCUCUGCUUCCUCUACCUCUUACUUCUCAUCUUGUCCCUUUUGAAACUCGAUUCGUGCUAUCUAGCACUGUUUCAAGUUCUAGUCCCUCACAGCCCCACCUUUCGUGCUAGCUCGAGUACAUCUGUCGCCAUCGUUUUUCCUUCCUGCACCAUGGCUUCCCUUUCAGUUCUCGUGCUCCUCUUGUCCUUCUCUCUCUCAGAUGCCUUCGGUCCUUCCCCGACCUCCCUUCACUUCGGUCGAAACCUCCCGACAAUGCGCAGAGGGAUCAACGAGGACCUCAAGAUGUCCAUGGGUGGUUCCCCCAUCCUCCACUUGCUCCUUCCCUGCAUGCACAAACUCUCGGGCUUCACCAAGAAGAUCGCGCCAUCCUUGUCGCUGAAUCUCCACCGUGAUUCCUACGUGGAUCGAUGGUGGAUCGCUGGGAGCUCUGAGAAGCGCAAGGAGAGGAGGCAGCCUGUAGAGCAGGAGCAGAAGGCGCAAGUUUGUCAGCUCCUGUCAGUCCAGCAGCUCAUGACGAAGAAGAGGCUCGCUGAGGUUUACCUGGGGAUGAGCAUGGUGAGCCAGGAGUUCAUCAAACCCGAAUCUUUGAUUGUAGAUGGGAGGAGGAACGAGCAGGGAGAAGUAGUUGCACAUAAGUACCUUGACAAGCUCCUGCAAGGCGUGCCGGACGUUCAGCAGCAGAAGCAGAGAAUCAACGACAGCGUGGAGUCAAGCCAGCUAUGAUUCGAUUCCGUGCAGCACUUUUUCUUGAUUCAAAGAUGUCAAGAUUUUCCUUUCAACUGUUCAUAGCCUGCUAACCAUGUUUCAUGUGCAUUUUUCCAUUAAAUUCAGAGUUAAUUUU